UCAAGUGUUCACGAAACAAAGUCGUAAAUGUCGCAUUUUUCUCUCUCGUCCUCGUCUUUGUGUACCUAUUGCUGUGAUUUCUGUGCAUUUUCUAAAUCUGCGUUAAUGCCAUAACUCUGACAUUUAUAUAAUAAACGGAAUAGUAGUACAAAUUAGCUUGAGUGCUAUCAGUUAUUAUUUUGCGAAGAAUUGUUGUGCCAGUCGUAUCUGUGGAACAGUUAUGUGAUUGUAAGUUUUGAGUAUCCAAAUCAAUAAAUUUGUUGUAUAACGUCCGGCCUAGAGUUAUGAAGCCCGAAAAUGUGAUCAUGUCCACGGUGAGGGCUGGUCGUGUGUGUAAACUUAGGAGAGGCCAUCGCGUGAAGACAGGAUCAGUUCUGAGAAUGAUGGCCAUUAUGGAGGGGGAUAACGAGGAAGUCCCUAAGGAAUUCCUGGAGACGGGCCGGACCGGCCGCCGGAACGCACUACCGGACAUUCUGCAGCAGCAGGAAGCGCAGGCCAGCACUGCCGACCUGCCUGCAAGGCUGCAGCAGCUCGCCACCACAGACUCAGACGAUCCACAGCCGAGCUGUUCGCAAGACACGAAGAAGAACGACGCGCAACAGAAACGAGACAACGGUAGUUGAGCUAUCUCCCUCACUCACGGUCCUCGGACUGCUAUGGACUUGCCCAAAGCAAAAGUAAUCUCAACCAGGUAACUGUUAAGCACUGAGUAACGUAGCCCCUAACCUUAGUCGUAGGUAUGGUGUACAAAUAUAGCUCUAAUGUCUUUGUUUGUUAGGUUUGAAUUCGAGUGUAAGUUGCGGGGGCUCCGAAUGGAUUUGGUAUGAAUGUAAAUAUGUGUACGGAAUCAUGAAUUGUUUUCAUGUUUAAUGUAAAUAAAAAUGUUAAAAUUAUGUAAAAUAACAAAUACGGAUUCUUAAGGUGUUCACACAGUAAAAGGAUAAAUGACUGCGUUUUGUUUUGGUAACUAACUAUUAGCGCUACACAUUUAGAUGACAGUCGAAUGCAAUGUGACUUUCGCUUAUGUCGCCUUAAAUAAAAUAAAUAUAUUAGGACAAACCACACAGAUUGAUGCUAACUCAACGGUACUAUAUUUUAUAACGAAUACAUAUAUAGAUAAACAUCCAAGACCCGGGCCAAUCAGAAAAAGAUCGUUUUCCAUCAUGACCCGACCGGGUAUCGAACCCGGGACCUCUCGGUUCAGUGGCAAGAACUUUACCACUGCGCCACCGAGGUCGUCAAUGUUGCAUUUAUGCAGAAAUUUUGUUUAGUUGUUUCAAUAUUGUAAUCAUUUUACUAUGGUCUACAAAAAUGUUCAAUCUGCAAUAUUUUGGCAUAUAAAUUUUGAAAAUUAUCAUAAUUACAUAUAUUUUAUCUUGAUUGUACAUAUUUUUUUAUAAUUCUCUGACCUAGUCUUCUACCCUUCGGCAUAAUAUUUUAUUUCAAUACAAUUUUGUGAGCUGUGUGUCACAUUAACAAAUGAACAACAAUAAGCAACAUUGAAUUUAAAACAAUACAUUUAUGUAGUAAAGCGUGGGUAAUACCAACAAUUCUUAGCAUCUGUAACUAUGUUUUGGCAUAUAAUGCUAUUAUUGUUUUGUUGUUUGAAAUUUUAUUACUAAACAAUACUUAUUUUAAAGAACAGGCUGUUAAACCUAUACAUACGAAAUGGUAUAUACCUGUAUGUAUCUUGGGUUUCAUAUUAAUAAGUACUUCUAAAAAUCGUUAAUCAGUCGCAUUCACUGAACGAAUACGAAAACCACUUACGAGCAUCCUUCUCGCAUAGAAUAUAUAUCCAAUGUAUCGUAUCAUACCACUUCCUAUGUAUAUCGAUAUUAUGCUAACUGCAAUUACUGAAUCGUAAAAAGAUUCCGAUAAAGUAAUGACGCGGUUUGAUUAUGAUGUUGUUGCUACUAGGAUAAAAAAUGGUCAUUUACCUUUACAUCUCGGAAGACAUAAUGAGACAAUAUCUGAUUAAGUAAACUGGUGAGACAUCUCUUGGGAGUUGGCAAUAAAAUUAUGCAAACACUUUUAGUAAUUUGCCAGAGUUCUUUGGAAACACAAUUAAGCGCACAUAUCAUAGCCUUAGUAUGUUAUCGUCAGAUGCAUUAGUUGCACUGUUUUACAAAUUUGCAUAAAUUAAAUAGUGUAAAAAAAAAUAUUUCGUUUUAAGCCACGCGGAAAAGCAAACAAUGACCUAUGAUUAUUUAUCUAUAAAUAAAAUAUAUUGCCAUCUCUCUCACGCAAAGUUGUUCUAAAUUUGAAUGCGGAACUUAGGGUUAUUGACCAAUUUUCCGUCUGACUCGUAAACGGAAUAUAUUACAAAUAUGUACCUACGUUAAGUUUAAAAAACGAAGUUUAAAAGUUGAUAUAACGGAGCCCCUUGUAAUAUUAAAAUGUUAUUCGUUUAGUGUGAGGGUAUAAAAUCGUCGGAAAUAAGACAAUAUAGCAUUGAUUGAAUGUAAAGAUUUAUCGAUGAAGAUUUUUGUAGAUUUUAGGUUUUCGAUGUUUAAACUACAAGUUUUUCAAGAAGCCGGUGGACUCGCAUCGGUAUGUUUGCGUACAAAAUUGAUUUGUACGUGUUGGCUGUGUCGUCGCUUCAAUGUUACCGUAUUAUUUUGCAUUGCAAACGUUAUUUAAAAUAUAGAAUCAUUUUUGUCUGCGAAUAUACCGUAAAUUAGGGAAGUGAAUGUUAUUUGGUGCAUUAAUUUUUAGGUUAUUUUAUAUGAGGUUAUUUCAAGUUAUGCGCAAAAGUAUGGUGUCUAGUGAACUAAAGGAAGUCCUUUAACAAAUUUGCGCUCAAAUUGAAACAACCUUAUAUUUGCGCGUUCCUAAUUUGUAAAACACAAAAUAUACGCUUAGUUAUCAUGAUAUACACAUUACAAUAAGUUAUUUAUUCGUGAAUUGUGUGAUAAAUGUAAAUGAUUGGAUUACGAAGAGUACAAUUUCGUUUUAUUAUUUUAUGAGUGAGAUAUUGAAGUACAGCCCGGUGCUUAGUUUAUAUUUAUUUGAAUAAAACUGUUGGCAAAUAGUGUCUGAUCAUAAAAUGGUCUAUAUUAUAAGUUGCCUGAUAAGUUGUCAUUUUUUAGAGUAUACAUAUUUCAUAUGAAAUGAUUAGUGAGGAGUUUUUCAACACAUAAUUGAGUAGAUAAUUAAUGCCUCAUUCAAAAUCCAGAUGAUAAAGAAGAUAUUCUUUUAAAAAAAUGUCUUAUUUGCUUAACAAACUCGCGUUGUACAAAUAUUUAGUGUUUAAAUGUUGUGUUACAUGGAAAACUAGCUAUAAAAAUUUUGAUUGCGAUGGGACUUGCUUUUAAUAUUAUUUUUUAUUUAAAGACAAAAAUAUUCCAAUUCGGUUCAUGUGUUUCAAUGGUCUUGUCGUUUUGAAAUAUGACCAAUUUUAUGAUUAUGUUGUCAGCCAUUACAGUAAAUGUGACACAGUAGUAUAUUAGUAUUUCGAUACUCAAAAGCUUAGCCUGAGCUGAGACACCUAACAAACGUAAAAUAAUUAGCACAAAUUUAUUUCGAUAUUCGUUUUUUCUUCACAUAAUCAAAUACUAACUCGAGUAACAUGACAUCGUAAAGGCUUUUUUUCGAGGCUGUAAAAUGGCUGUUAUGCUAUAUUUCUUAAUUUACACCUAAUGUUAAAAAAACGUAGAAAAAUACGUAAUUACAUACGCAUAUCUUUUUUUUUUGUAGUAACUAUGUAAGAAUUAUUUCACAUUUUCUCCCAUAGAUCAUGAAUUGCCUUAAAUAUUCUUAUUCUUAUAAUACAUCGAAUUUAAUUCAACGUUCUUUGGGGCCUAUUCGGUGUUUCGGUGUGUCUGUAAUUCUAAAAAAAUAGGAAUUCUGUCAAUUGAUAGUGUCAAUAUUAAAAUAGGUUGAGUGUUAUUUUCGAAUCCAUACUAACAUUAGGUAUAGAUAGUUAGACAGUGCUUGGUUCUUGAUAAUUUUUAAUUAGACUGGGUUGAUUUUGGAACGUGUUGGCGUAUUUUUUAAUUGAAUAAAAAACGUUUGAAUGUGGUCCAUAGCUGUCCUGAAAUUAUUUCAUCAAAUCCUAAAUCAACUUUACUAAAUUAAAGCUAAAAUUAUAAUGGCAUAUGGAUGAGAAAAUAAUACUCAAGCGUAAACAGUAGAUUCUAUAUUAUCGGAGAGGUAUCGCACAAAGAAAACCCAAAAUACCUAUGUAUUCCUUUAGAAUCUAUAAAUUAAGAUCUUCGUAGUGCUCGUAGGUGUCGCAUCGUUAGCGAUGUCUCAUUAUAAUGUUCGCACUUCGUGACUAUUCUAUGUUCGCAUAUUUGCAAGGACGUACAUUGCUCGCUUUUUUCAGCUAUCAAAGUAUAAGUCGCAUUAAAAAUACGCAAUGUACAAGUAGUACAUCAAGCUACCCAAAUUCAUUGCAAAUUCGUCGCUAUUACCUACGCAUUGAGAUAAAUGCUGGAUAACUUGAUGCGGUCGAGUGUAAGUUACGUGCAUUAUAGUUUCUAUGUGAUGGUAUGCUUGCUUGCAUGUUUGUUUGUAAAUAUACCAACUUCGAAUAGCCAAGUGUCGGCAUUAUUUUUUAUUCAUGUGCAAUAUUUCUCUCUCGCUCUUGCAAUCUGUUGAAGAGGCGGAAGUGUUACACAUCUCAGCCGGUUCGUAUUUUUCAUUCGCGAGUUACGGCGUAUACAAAGGAAUAGACACAAUCUACAUUUACUGUACAUACAGUCUAUUUAUGAAGAUUUGAAAAUAAAUUAGGUCGCUGUGUGGGUACUCUUCACUUGCAACACUGUGUUUUCUGCCAACUUGACCAUUGCAUUUGGUAUGGCAAAAAAUGUAGUUAGUUGAAAAUCCGUUUUCUACUCUUUAUAGACAGACUAUGUAUAGAUAACAGAGACUAAAUAUACCAUAUUUAGUAUAUGUAAUAUGUUACUCACGUAUGAUUUUUAGUUUAUAAUGGUUCUCAGAGCGUUUCGACCGCUGCGGCCGCGUUGUCAUUACGAUCCGUCAAUUUUCUUGAGGCGGGAAUCAUUUCCAAAAUCAAUCAAUCAAUUCAUAAAAUUGGCAUUAUCGAAAUAAAGAUUGAUAAUUUCAAAGUCAGUAAAACUAAUUCUUGUCUUUGUUAAAAUUUGAAAAAUUGGCAGAAAUUUACGAGAUGUGUAGGCACGUUCACACGGACAAAAGGGGUCCAAUAUUAAGCGAGAGUGUCACUUGAAAUAAGGUUUUAUAUCGUAAUACACUUUCGUAUAUUUACGUAUAAAUGUAUUGAUACAGUAUUUAGAAUUAUCUUAAUAACAUGUCGAUUAUAGCAUGAUGUAGUUAAUGAUUUUAAAGGAACGUAAUGGAAAUCAUCUUGCCCGCGGCUUUGUCUGCGUGAAUUUUCCAAAAGGUAUGUCUUUCUCUGUAUUUCUAUUUGUAAUGUAUGCAAGGUUUCAAUAGGAUUGAUUGAGUAAAUAAACCGCAAAGUAACAAAUAAAGUCUCAUAUUAAUAUGGAACUAAAGAUUGGGAUAGAUUGGAAUAUUACCUAUACCUCGCCAAAACGCACCUUAUAUGACCUUGACUUAGAAGAUUUAGGACACGUAGGGCACAUAUUAGAAUAACGUAUGUUACAGGUAAUGAAAGCAAACAUAAAACGCACUCCGCUCACUAGGAUCGAUAUUGUGUUACAAAGAAAAAAAGGAUAUUCAAUAUGUAAAUUUAUUUGUAAAAAUAAACCUGAUGACUAGUUGGGAACUAAAAUCUUAAGUCUUUUUGUCUGGGAUACUAGGGUUCUGGGCAUGUAUUCCCAAAAGUAAAUUAAAUCUAUGCAAACUCUUACAUCACCAAGUGAUGUAAAAAUAUAUAACGGUCUUUUCCAAAAAUCUUGUAGACGAUACCAAUCGCAGGGGAUUAUUAGACUUACUAAUAUCACUCGCCUUUACUCGACUGUUUUCUACAUAUCCCCUAAGACUUUUUCUACCUCUGAGUAUAAAUCAUCUUAGGGACUAUUUAUAGAAAAAGUCUAAAAAUCCCCUGGAGGGAAAUUAAAGGGAUUUGUGAAAAAUCGCAUAAUUACAAUCGCAUAAUCGCAUAAAUACAAUAAUUGGACACAAAGUUUACUAACGAAGGGUUAUUUGGAAUAAGCUAAAGUAAAUUGUCACUUUGAAAUUUUCAGUGUAAUAAUUGUGACGAGUGUCCUGUGUUUGAUAACUUUACUUAUUAGCCAUUUAGCAUGUAUUUUAUAUUUCUAUUUAUCAUUGUAAUUCUUCUGGAUCUCUGAAGUUAAUUGAUAUCAAUUUUAAGUUUUUGUGAUUUUAAGAACUAGAAUUAUGUACUUUUUAUGAUAUCUUGUAUUUAUUCAAAAAGUAAUGCACUUACAUAAGUCAGCUUUGUCUAUCUUAAAAAUAUCUACUGAUUUAUUCUAUGUCAUAAAACGUAAUGUAAUAUUUUCAAGCUCUUUUAAAGUUUUUUAAAAACUUUUAAAAUAAUACUAAUAUGUGUAAUAUUAAGUGUAAACUACUGCGAAUAAAACUACUUAUUUAAAAUAUGCGCCGGAAUCUUAAUUUUAAUUUAGUGAUUUCGAAUUUUUUAUUGUAUUCAAAUUGUUGCACUUUAAAAAAUAUUUAUCUUGUUUUAGUAUAACAGAAGAACAAACACAUAGCAAGUUACAAACGUUUAUGUAAUUAAUAUAAAACUGAACAGAAUCGCUGAACGUUUUAAUGAAUGAUGAGAAAAUUUGUAGAUCAAGAAUGCGAGAGAAGAUAGUGUUAACGAAUUUGUAUCGUUUUGUAUCUAGUUUGUCGUCAAACGAAAAAAGAUAAAGUUGUGAAAAUUU